AUGAGGAAUCACAGCACCAUCAUGGAGUUUGUCCUUCUUGGACUUUCUGUUAACCCCCAUGUCCAGGUGCUGUUGUUUAUGCUGUUCCUGUUGAUUUACCUCCUGACCAUGGUGGGGAACCUGAUGGUGCUGCUGGUGAUCAGGACCGAGUUCCAACUUCACACCCCCAUGUACUUCUUCUUGAGCAAUCUAUCAUUUGUGGACCUCUGCUUCUCUUCAGUCACUGUGCCCAAGAUGCUAGAGAACCUCCUGUCUGAGAAGAAAACCAUCUCAGUAGCAGGGUGCCUGACUCAGGUCUUCUUUGUGCUUACUACAGCAGGGGCUGAAGCUUUGCUUCUUUCAGUGAUGGCCUAUGACCGCUAUGCUGCCAUCUGCCAUCCUCUGCUGUAUGGCCAGCUAAUGAGCAACCAACUGUGUCUGAGUCUGGUGUGGGCUUCGUGGGGCCUAGGUUUUCUGGAUGCAGUUAUCAAUAUUCUUCCAGCUGUGCGUAUGAACUUCUGUGAUGCCCACGCCAUUCCACACUACACCUGUGAGCUGCCUUCCCUCUUUCCUCUGUCCUGCUCUGAGGUUUCCACCAGUGUAACUGUUCUGGCCUGCUCCACCCUCCUGCAUGGCUUCGGCACAUUUUUCCUGAUCUUCUUUUCCUACGUCCACAUUGUCGCCACCAUCUUGAGCAUAAGGUCCACCACAGACAGAAGCAAGGCCUUCUCCACCUGCUCUUCCCACGUCACUGCAGUGAGUCUUUUCUACGGCUCAGCUUUCCUCCGUUAUCUCAUUCCAAGCUCAGGUUCGCCUCUUGAACUGCUCUUCUCUAUCCAAUAUGGCGUGGUCACUCCCCUGGUGAAUCCCCUCAUUUACAGCCUAAAAACCAAAGAAGUAAAGACAGCUAUGAGAAGAACCUUGGGAAGAUGCUUACAAAGACAUAGAUAA